CCUUUUCUUUCUGUCUCUCCACAAUUACCAUAAUGAUAUGGAUAUAUGUUCUUAUCUUUGUAUGGAUAUUUUCAGUUCUUUAUCUGAUCUAUAUUCUUCGUCGUGAUAAUGCCUUCAAUAGACAUGAAGAUUCUCCUCUUGGUAUUCAUCCUCGUGCUACAAUGACCUUACAACAAUGCAAUCUACUUCUUCAUCAACUUGCUCUUCCGCCUUUAAUAUGUGUUUACUUGCUGGGUAUUGUAGAAACAAUCUCAACAUUGAUAUGGAAACGUGGAUUACUAGGUGCUCCAUCCCAUUUGACAACCGAAUAUGCCAUUGAUCAACUUGUCAAGGAUGCUCAAGGAAUUUCUUCCAGUACCAAACGUACUACUAUUAUCACAGGUGGCGAUUCUGGUAUAGGAUUUGAAAUAGCUCGUGGACUUUUGAUGGCUGGCUUUCGUGUGAUUAUUGCAUCAAGAACGUCCAGUCUAGGAAAACAAGCCCAGCAUAGAUUAAAGGAAUUGACAGGGUCAGACGAUGUGAUGUUUUAUACUUUGGAUCUUUGUUCAUUCGAUGAUGUGCAUACCUUUGUUAUACAGAUGAAAUCAUUCCUCAGGGAAGAGAAAAUCGAUGUUCUUAUUAAUAAUGCUGGUGUUAUGAAUAUUCCAUAUACUGUCACCAAGGAUGGACUAGAGGCACAAUGUCAAACAAAUUAUCUCUCUCCUCUGCUCCUUACAGUAUCUCUCUUACCUCUCAUGAACAAAGAUCACGGUCAUAUUCUCUUUGCAUCUAGUUCUACACUAUACGCUGUCAAUAAAUUGGAUCCUUUGAUGGCAAAAACCUGUUACACUCUGGAUGGAUUGCAUCAUUAUGCACAUAGCAAAAUGUGUGUGACUCUAUUGGCCAAAAAGCUUGGGGAAAGGUUAACUGAACAUUCAAGUUGUAUCAAAGUCAAUUCUUACCAUCCUGGAACGGUUCGAACGAAUUUGUUUGCUCAUACGUCAGUUUUCAAUUUGGGUGGUAUAGUACGACGAUUUUUUGACUUUAUCAUGUUAACACCAAAAGAAGGAAGUGGAACAGCAUUAUAUCUCGUUACAACAUUUAUGAACAACAGCAACAAUCUGCUAUUAAGGGAAAAUGGGUAUUAUUGGGCCGAUGGUCUACCACAGCGUAUACCAAAAAAUAUUAGCAUACAAUCGUCGACGAUAGAAGGUAGCUCACUUUCGACUAUCGAUAAAUUAUGGACGGCAUCAUUGGCUCAAAUCAAUAUCUCCCCCUUGGAUGUGGAGAAUUGGAUCAAGUCUACGGUCAAAUAGAAUAUAAAACCUUAAUUUAGAAAUAUAUACCAAUUCUUUUUGAAUAAACUUUAUCUUCUGCAUUAUUACC